AUGUCCCUGAGCGAACCAGACACGCAGUUAAACGACUUCGUCGUCAUCGACCGACUAUCCAUUGCUGACUACAACGAGCCAAACAUUCUGCCUCAGGACGAGGCCACCCUGACCCGACUCGGAGCCUGGAUUGAACCUACCGGGUACGCCGGCGAGGACAGCGAGCUUGAGAAGCAUGCCCGCUCGCACCUGAAGGGCACAAGUCAGUGGCUGUUCAGUUCACCCAUAUUUCAACAGUGGCAUGACGGUAGCGACCAUGGGAUUCUAUGGAUUCGAGGUGUGCCUGGCGCCGGCAAAUCUGUACUCGCGGCAAGACUAGUACAUCAUCUAUCCUCCGAGGGGUGUCCCGUGCUGUACUUCUUCUUCCGCCAUACAAUUCAGUCCAACCACCGCCCUGAAGCUGCCCUCCGCGACUGGAUUGCUCAGAUUUUACCCUCCUCUCCCCCGUUGCAGCUCGCAUUGAAGAACCUGACCUCCGAGCCCAUUAGCGUGAACUCUGUGGAUAGUCUGUCGACACUUGAGCUGUGGCACCUUCUUCGGCUGGCCUUGAAAAGUAUCCCUAAGGCCUACUGCGUGGUAGAUGCUCUGGAUGAGAUGGACCAAAGUGCCUUGGAGCCAUUCCUACAGUUCCUUGAUCAGCUGGGCAAUAUCCAUCCGGGGAGGUUAAAACUAGUCAUAACUAGCCGGCCGAUUGCGACAAUUGAGAGGAUCAUGCGAAAUUUAAGGCUCCUCGACAUUCGUCUGGGCAAGGACCUAGUUAACUACGACAUCUCUACAUAUCUCCACCACAGACUCGGCCGCUCUGCCCUGCCUAUUGAAAGCCGCGAUGCGAUCAUAAACGAGGUGCUCAAAAAAGCGGAUGGAUUGUUUCUCUAUGCGACAUUAGCUAUGGACACAAUGGCUGGGCUGGAAGCCGAAACCGAAAUCCUCAAGUCUCUUGACAGGAUGCCCGUCAACCUGUCAGUCAUGUACAGAAAUCUCUUGCGGGAACACAUGGGACGCACAGGACUGCCAGAGGGACUGUUCAUACUCGUCUUGCAGCUUGUCACGCAUGCCACUCGGCCCUUGCGUCUUCUUGAGAUAUCUGACUGUGUCAGAGUGACCCAGCCGCAGUAUGGUCAAGACGCUGGUGUUAUCAAAAGCCUUAUACGAACAUGUUGCGGGCCACUCUUGGAGGUGCUCCCAGAUGAGACAGUUCGCGUUGUUCAUCACUCCUUGACCGAGUAUCUUGGACUCACACGAUCGCCACUCGACCAAGAUAUCCCUGUGUUUGAGCUAGGGCCUACGCAUAAUCUCCUCGCAUUGGUCUGUCUGUCCUAUCUUCAAGCAGAUUGCCUAGAUACCGUGGAAGUCGAGGAGCCCAUCUUUGGCUUCGGGCCGGCCUUGGUAAGGCAACAAGAGUUUCCUCCCUUUACGAGUUACGCGACGAACAACUGGCACGUGCAUACCAAAACGGCUGAUAUGCUAGGGUAUCCUCAGGAAGAGGCAAACAGGAGCAUUCUCUCGGUGCUGACGACUCCAAAUUAUGUGGAAAGACUCGCUUUACUGGGAGGGCAGGAUGGCUGGAAAGGAACAUCCCGAGGCCAGAGUAUGGGACCGGAAACAGAAGCAUUGCUUUUUGCCAUACGACUCGGCUUGACGAGCGUUGUCGAGAGCCUGCUAAGCCGGAACGACGGAGAAGCGGCGACGUACAGCGGAACUCUAGAUACUGAGCCUCCGUUGCAUCAGGCAGUGGUCAAUGGGGACAAGGACAUUGUUCGUCUGCUCAUCAAACAUGGAGCCAGGCUGGGUCAUUACAACAGUGAAGGCGCUACACCACUUCACUUAGCACUCGGGUCUACUUACAGACAUAUGCGGAUACACCCUGCUGUCGUGGAGCAUCUGCUUGAAGCUGGUGCAGACCCUUGGCAGAGCUUGGGUGAAAACGAGAAUAUGUGCGAUAUGACUAUAGGCGGCAGAGAUCCCUACCCACCGAUAGAGAAAGCCUUCAGGACGUGCGGUCAGGAGAUAACCAAGCUGUUCCUCCCACACAUCAAGACUAAGGAGGCGGCGACCGAGGCUUGUGGCUGGGUCAUCAACAGCUCCAAGAACAUAAACGUUGUGCGCUCGAUCCUCGAACUUGGAUUGAUGGACAUUAAUGACUGCGUCCGAGGCCAGACGCCGCUGUUUGCAGCGUGUAUGCAGCUUGACCCAAAGAUGAUAUCUGUGCUGCUGGAAGCUGGUGCAGAUCCCAACGUGCCUCACAACGAGGACUGGUACACCAGCUUUGGCAAUACUUCAAAAGAAGGAGAUAAUGUGCUCCACGCCCUCGCGGCACCAUACCAUUACAACCAUUACCUUCAGGGAAACCCCUCAGAUGAUGCCACCAAAGAGUGCAUUAGAUUGGUUCUCGCUGCCGGUGCUAACGACCACGCCGCUCCACAAGACACGCAGCCCCUCGUUGCGUGGCUUCUUCUUGACGCCGGAGCGGACGCUAGCGCAAUGAAUCUACAGGGGGAAACACCGCUCCACGUCGCAUACAGUGUUGAUAUAAUGGAGGUCCUUCUCAGCAAGACGGAUAUUAAUGCCAAGACUCGCAGCGGCAAGACGGUCCUGCUCAAUGCGUUAUCAGAUAGCAUGACGCCAUCCAAUGGAAAGGCGACACUGGACAAAGUCUUCAAGCUGCUCGAUCUUGGGGCCGACGUCGGCGUCACCGACAAUGACGGCAAUGGUGUCCUGCAUUACGUCGCCCAGAUGGGAGGAAUCGGCAAGCCAGAUGGCAGACACAUCUUGGAGAGGCUGGUCCAAGGCGGCGCGGACCCAGAUCUGCGCAACGUGGACGGGCAGACGGCACUGCACAAGCUAAGCUCCCAUCAAGGGCACUACAAAUUCGAGAAUGCCGACUUGGAGACGUUUCUGGAGCUGACAAGGGCCGAUGUGAACGCCGUGGACAAUCAAGGUCGCACACUGCUCUUUAAUGCCUUUGAGAACUUCAGCAUGGCGGAUCAGGAGGCGGAGGCCUUGAUGGCGCUAAUGGCAAAGACAGGGGCGCGCUUCGACGUCAGGGACCAGCGCGGACGGACACUACUGCAUGCUGCGGUACGACACUGUCGGUCAAAUGGAAAGCUUCUGCAGCUUCUGGCGGAGCACGGGGUUGAUCCGCAGCAAACUGACCUCGAGGGCAAUACCAUCUGGCACGAGGGGGUGCCGCGGUUUGCUACGUGGAGGGUCUCGACUCAGUUGUUCCACAACAUCACGGCCUUGGGGGUAGAUCCACGAAAAGCGAACAACUAUGGAAGACUGCCACUGCAUGUCCUAUGCGAGUACGAUCAGUGGGCUCUGCGAGACAACAACUAUUCCAAGAAAGAAGACCAGACGACAUUGUUUGAGUACAUGCUGCAGCAGAGCCACGAAGACGUGAACCGGGAGGACCACGACGGGGUUGCACCGCUGCAUCUUGUGUCGACCUUCUCCGAGGAUCAAACAAGGAGGCUUCUGGAAGCCGGUGCCGAUGCUACACUGGCCACGCAUGAAGGCCUGAAUGUCUUCCAUCUCGCAGCCCGAUGCCGACAGAGCAACACCAUCGGGCUUCUUCUGGACUGGUUCAGGAUGAAGAUGAGCGCGGAUGAGCUGCAUAGAGUAGUCAACGCCAAAGACAAGCGAGGACGAGCUCCGCUGUUCUAUGCCUGUGCUUCAGGUCGAUGUCAAUCCGUGGAGCUCCUUGUCAAGGCCGGUGCCGUGGUCGACAUGGAGAGGUACGAAGGUUCAGCCCUGAAUGGCUGUGCCAACUUCGAAGAGGAGCAGAAAAACUGGAACAGUCACCAUUUCAACAAGGACGAGUCUGAUGCUGGUGGUAUCCUCAUCGACGAUACAAAGCGGCUCGGUCUGGAAAAUAGGCGAUGGGACGCUUACCAAAUGGAGAGGCUUGAGGAAAUACUUGAGCUCGUUAUGGUCGACGCAACUGCACUGAGCUGGCAUAUGGUUGAUAAGGCCAUUGCUUCAGCCACAAAUGGGCAGCAUGGCUAUACUGUGGAAUGUCUCCUACGAGCUCGGAGGACUUUGGGUAUUGAAAGAACCCUGGAGUGUUCGGCUGAAGCGCAGUCGUGCUUGGAUGGAAGGGCAGAGAAGUUGGCCAAGAUGAUGAAAGGUCGCGACUUUGCUGGCCAAAUUGAUCUCUUGAUCAGAACAGGGUGCAACGACGACGUCCCUGUCUGCGUCAUGAAGCAUUCGCCCAAACCUGAAGUGCUCCACCGCAUUCUAGCCGAGCUGGCCCGGGCAGGCCUUGCACGGCUCCUUGACGCCCUACUCACACCAGAGGUUGUCUUGGAUCUUGACAAGAAACGCGAUACAAACCACAAGAUGCCGUCGCUGUUGUUUUCUGCCUGCGAAGCCGAAGAGCCAAAUAUGUCCGUGAUUCGGCUGCUGGUAGAGAAAGGGUUUAGUUUGGAUGCUAGAUUGCCGGAUGGCUAUUACCCUUCGGACCAGUCUCAGGAGACUCCUCUCCAUGCCCUGGUUAGAGGCGGUCAUCAUCACUGGUGGCAGACGAACCAGGCGCUUCCGUACAUGCUCAAACGAGGCGUGAACCUGGAGAUUAGAAACCGCCAUGGGCUAACACCCCUGAACGCGAGUUUGAAGAAUAUGGACAAGCCUUCCUGGAGCAGCAAGGCUACCGAAAUGCUGCUGCAUGCUGGUGCGGACCCUACAAGCGCGGACAAUGCAGGCAAGACCUGUCUCGCCCGUGCUGCCAAGAACAAAACCGUCUACGCAAUGCUUCUCCAGCACGGGGCCGUCGUCGACCACUCCGCACUGGCCGCCGCCAUCCUUGCCAAGGACGUGGACAUGGUCCAGCUGAUUCUGGCCUCAGGGGCAGAUCCAAACACUCGCAAGAUCGGAGCCGAAACACCCCACUGGACGUCGGCAGACGGGCGGCAGGCGGGUGGUGGGAGGCGAGAUCCAGACACCCAGGACGAGCUAUAUCCUCUUGAUCUUGUGAUCAGCGCAGUGGCUCGCAAUAACCAAGACGCCAAGAACCACGAUGCAGUUUGCAUGCGCAUGAUUGAAAUAUUGCUCGAGCACGACGCUGACCCAAAUGCUCGCUACCCACGGACAACGGUGGCACAUCGCAUACUGAAGAGAAAGGGGUCAGAUUCCAGAACGACCUACGGCGAGCGGAGCCGCUACCUUGACGUCAUUCUUCAACAUCCACGCCUGGAUAUCAACCUUGAAGACACAGCUGGCGUCUCGUUGUUUCACAGCGCUCUAACCAUGGGCGAUGUGGAAGCAGCCCAGAUUCUCCUCAAGAGAGGCGCUAGCGUGCGUAUGAGGGACAGUUCGGGUAGGAAUGCCCUGCAUCUCUUGCUGUCUUUUCUCUCCAAGGAUAGAUGGCAUCAUCAAACCAGCUACCCUCAGCGUGAUUUCCUCGAGAGUUUGGUCAGUCUCGCUCCAGAGCUUCUUCAUCAGGUUGACAAGGACGGCAGAUCUCCUCUGCAUUGUGCCAUUAGUAAACGGGGAGGUUCUGGAGAAGAAGUUGAGAUGCUCGUGUCUGCAGGUGCCGAUGUUUGCGCACAGGCCAAGAAUGGUGACACGCCGCUUCACCUACUUUUCAAGGGAACUUGGAGUCUCGUCGUGGAUGAUGAUGGGGUUGUAGCUUGGCAAGGAUACACAAAGAAGAUGAUGGACCUGUUCCUAUCCAAGGGCGCCGACAUCAACGCGCGCAACAAAGCGGGCGAGACGCCCGUGUUUAACUACUUCCGCGAGGGCACUUUAGAAGUCAAGCUACCCAAGCGCAGGCUCCAGGACCAGGACGGUCAUGCUUCGUCUCGGGAGCUCAGAGGAGGCCGCGAUGCGUGGAAAGUUCAGCGUGGCCUCGAAAAAAAGGCCGCCGUGGAAAGGGAGCCGAUCCUGUGGGCGCUGUUGGAGCAGCAUGGCGUGGACUGGGGUGUUGUCGAUGCCAAAGGACGAUCCUUACUACAUAUCGUGGCGGGUGAAGACCAUAGACAUGUUGAGGUGGACUUUGAGUCUGGAAGGCUACGCAGGUUCAAGUUCUUAAUGGGCACGGGGUUGGAUGCACUGGCGGAGGACACAGCACAUCGGACUGCACUAGAUGUGGCGGCUGCGACGAAGGCAGAUGACAUUCUGAUAUUGUUCAAAGUGGAAUAG